CUAAAGACUAGUAGAAGAAGACAACCUGCGGCAGUUAUUGUUAUGGUUUUAUUAAGCAGCCUUCGCAGAGGAAGAUGAAUCAGCUGGACCGGGUCCAUGUUGUGUUGUUUAUUUGAUCUAUGGACGGUUAGAGCAACACUAAACGUUGGAUUCCCGCUCUGCCUUUAACGACCAAUCACGGACUGACGUUAAAUGUUAGAAACAUCGGAAGUCCCCCUUUAAUAUCUCCAGCUGCCCGCAGAGUGAGGAGGAGUGAUACAUGACACGGAGUGAGGAGGAGUGACACACUCAAAGCCUUGUGCAGCCCGUGUCAUUAUAGUGGAGGGGCAGAGAGGAAAAGACAGACAGACAGACAGACCCAUGAUGCCUCUGUUCUUCAGAAAGAGGAAACCCAGCGAGGACUCCAAGAAGAGGCUGGAGUAUCAGCUGUUCCUGUCGAAGGAAGCAGGUGCUGAUGACAUCCUGGACAUCUCAUCAUGUGAGCUCUCAGAGGUUCCCUCGUCUGCUUUUUCCAUUUGUAAGGUGUUACAGAAGAAGGUUCUCAUCCUCCACAACAAUGAGCUGAGGUCACUGCUGCCCAGAGGAUGUGACAUCAAAACUCUUUCCACUUUAAAGGUUUUGGAUCUGCACGAGAACAAGCUCACCUGUCUCCCCGAGGACAUUGGGACGCUGACAUCCCUGCAGAUUCUGAAUGUGGAGAAGAACCGUUUAAAGGCUCUGCCGGACUCCAUCGGAGAGCUGCGGCUCCUGCAGACGUUAAAUUUGAAGGGUAACUCUCUCAGUGAGCUGCCAUCUGUAGUUGGUUCUUUGAGGAGCCUGCGCACUCUGGAUGUGAGCGACAACAACAUCGUCCAGCUGCCCAAAACUCUGGCCUACAUCCGCACCCUGGAGAGUUUUACACUUGAUGCUGCCAUGAUGACCUACCCACCCGUGUCUGUGUGUGCAGAGGGCACAGAGAGCAUCCAACGCUUCUUAUGUUCCGAGGUGGGAGAGGAGUACUGCCCCCCAUCCCAGUAUCUGCUGCCGGUGCUUGAGAGUGACUGCGAAAAACAGAACACCGACUGUUUGGACGGCUUGGAGGAGGCCUGGCAGAACAAAUUCAGUGAUUAUGAGAGGAGGAAGGAGCAGAAGCAGCAGCAGAAGCUGGCCUUCGAGCGGCACCUGGAGGAGAGGCAAAAGGAGCACACGGAGCUCAUACUCAUGAACAACUCCCGUAAGGAAAACAUGCUCAACUCUGUGCGGCAGGAGCAGGAGCGUGUGGAGCAGGGCGUCAGCCAGCAGCAGAAAGCACAGGAGGCCGAGAGGCUGCUGGUGCUGGAGAAGGUCCGACAAGCUGAAGAUGGCAUCAGUAGUCGCAUCAGCAACAUGCUGAUGGACAAAAACAGGCAGAAAAAAAGUGCAGAGUUUCUUCAAUCCUUGGAGGAAGAUCGGAUUCGUAUGGAGCAUCUGGCUGCCAUCACACAGGAAGAAGCUAAUUCACUGAGGAAGAAGGAGGUGGCAGCGGCCAUGCAGAAGAUGCUGUCAGAGAGCUGUGCCAUGAACCUCCUGCAGGAGGCCAAUGAUUUUCGCAGACGGUGCAUAGUGUCUGAGGCCCACAGAAGCAUGGAGAAUUUGGACAGGAAGUUUGAUACGAUGCUGUCCCUCCAAGUUUUGGACAAAUCUAAAGCCAUCGCCCAGAUCUUAGAGGAGGAGGAGAUGCAGAAGGCAGCCUUCCAGGCUCUGCAGCUGCAGAAGGAUGCUGUGCACGGCUACAUCCGCAACCAGAUCAAGCUCAUAGAGGGCGAAUUAAUGCAGCUGACUAAAUUGGAGAUUAAAAGACGCAAUCUGGAUGCUGAGAACCUUCAGGAGGUUCUGGUGGAUCAGCGGACAGCUCUCAGUGAUUUGUUGCAGCAGCUGCUGAAGCAGAGAGACCAGAGGGAGCAGGAGCUGCGGCAGGUUCUGGUGGAGAUGGAGAAGAAGUCUGAGUCCAACCAGCAGAACUACUGGAUGAUCCAGUACCAGAGACUGUUGGACACCAAGCCCCUGUCAUUGCGAAUGCAGGAGGCAGGUGUGGAGAAAGAGUUAGUCAACCUGUUGUGCAGACUGUCAGCUCAGCACUACCUGCCCAUCCUGGCACAUCAUAGAGUCACCACUGAGGCCCUUCGCCACAUGAGCGCCUCUGACCUCAAGAAGCUUGGCAUUAAUGAAAUAGGAAUCCAGAAAGCUCUGCUGAAAUGGGCUCAGGACAGCCACCCUCAAGGAGCUUGUAAGGCUGUCGAGCAGGAGGAGGAGGAGGCAGAAGUUGUCCCCACAGCUCCAUCACCUGCCUCCCCUCCGAUGCUUCCCAAUACCUCAGCCUUCCAGAUGCCCAGCCCACCGCUGACCCCAGGGACCCCCGUCACCCCCUCAGCCCCCAGCCCUGUGGAGGGACCAGGGAGCUCAGAAUGUGUGGUCUGCAUGGAGACCGGGUCUCAGGUCAUCUUCCUGCCCUGUGGUCACGUCUGCUGCUGUCAGGUCUGCAGCGAGGCCCUGCAGAACUGCCCUCUCUGUCGUAGCAACAUAUCUCAGCGCAUCCGCCUCUACCACAGCUAGAUGCUGCAGCUGCAGCCCCGUGCCAGUCUGUCGCAGAGUGCAGCCCCCCUUUAUUUAUGCAUGAUCUUCAAGCUGCUGUGAGCUAACACUCAUUGUAUAUAGAAAAGCUUUGGGCAAGUUUUCAAAGAGCUGAGCCACUUUCCUGUAUUAACCAAACAGUACUCUGUCGUAUAUGUAGAAAAAAAGAUUAGAGAUAUUUUUAAUGGUGUUGUGUUUUAGGUUGUUGUAUUUUAGUCUACUUUGAAAUUCUAUAUUUGUUUUUAUACUUAAGAGCCACGUGGACUCACCACUCAGACUGUUCUUUGCCUUAUAUUCUACCUUCUCGAUUGACCUGUGCCUUUUUCUGGAAAUCUUUCUUUUAUAAAAAAAAACAACCCUUGUGUGUUGUCGACCAAAGUAACAUCUGUCCAACAUCUGUAUACAUAAACUACAAAAAUCUA